AAAGAAUAGGGAAAAGGACAACUUGCAGUGCUAACCAAAAAAAAAAUAAAAAUUACGUAUUUCUUUUUUGAUCUGUUGAAGUGAUUAUGAUUCUAUGAAACGCUGGGAUGCACAAAGCAGAUUCUUUGUUGACCUGUUUGAAGUUAUUAAUCCUGCUCGAAGUCAUCAAACAAAGAGCUCAUAGGUACGCCUCACUCCUUCAACCACUCAGUACAGCAUUAAAAGAACCCUGGAGAUGUCUCAGCCUAAUUCUACCCAAAACCCAGUUAUGCAGCAACAGAAAAUCAUUAUACCAAACACCAAUGGAGAAAAGCUUGUUGGUAUACUACAUGAAACUGGAUCUGUGGAGAUUGUGAUCGUGUGCCAUGGUUUCCGAUCCACAAAGGAAGACAACACUAUGGUGAACCUUGCUGUUGCUUUAGAGACAGAAGGAAUCACUGCCUUCCGCUUCGAUUUUUCUGGAAAUGGGGAAAGUGAAGGUUACUUUCACUUCGGUAACUACCGGAGCGAAGCUGAGGACUUAUGUGCUGUAAUCCAACACUUUAGUGGUGCAAGUCGUAUAACGAGUGCAAUUGUUGGCCAUAGUAAAGGAGGAGAUGUGGUGCUCUUGUAUGCGUCAAAGUAUCAUGAUAUCCCCACAGUUGUUAAUGUUUCCGGUCGUCAUAAUUUGGAGAGAGGAAUUGAAGAACGCGUGGGUAAAGACUUCUUUGAUAUAAUCAAGAAGGAUGGAUACUUUGAUGUUAAAAAUAGAAAAGGAGAAGUUUCUUUCCGAGUGACUGAGGAAAGUUUGAUGGAUCGCCUAAAUACUAACAUGCACGAAGCAUGCCUUCAGAUCGACAAAAACUGCAGGGUAUUGACUGUCCAUGGAUCUGCUGAUGAAGUCAUUCCAGUCAAAGAUGCAUCGGAGUUUGCCAAGAUCAUACCUAACCACAAAUUACAUAUAGUAGAAGGAGCAAAUCAUAAUUACACUCUACACCAAACUGAACUAGCUUCAGUUGUUUUGGCCUUCAUAAAAGAAGGCCUUCACAAAGGUGCUUAGAUGUAUAAUCAAGUCCGAAAUCCCCUCGUUAAUCCUCCUUAUUAUGGCUUCUGAGGAAGCAUUUUGGAGUAAGAGCGUGGAGUAAUUACCUGUUUUACAGCUAAAAACAUUCAUUGUAAGAUUGCCCCAUUGUCUUGAAUAAUAGUUAGUCACAGUGCUUUUAAUCGGCCA